UGUAAGUAUGUAAUUUGCUUUUGCUUCUUCAAUCUCGAUGCAGUGCUUCUUGCCAGUUCUAUUUCACAUGAUUUUCUACUGCAUCACUAAAAUUGUUUUGAUGCUGUAAAGGAUGAAGGUUUAACUCAUAUGGGCAGUUGUAAAAAGUGGGAGAUGAGUAAUUCAUUCCGGAGUAAAGUUUGACCAAAUGGGAGUUUAGCUUGUGGUUGAUUAAAAUGAAGACACAUGUUAAUAUGCUGAAAGGAAAGGCACCUUCAAGGGUGGGUAAUCAGCAAGCAGUUUUUGAGCUGAAACAGCGUGUAGUCCUUGCACUUAACAAGCUUGCAGAUAGGGAUACUUACCAACUUGGAGUAGAAGAGCUUGAGAAAACCAUUGAAUGCUUGACGCCAGAUGGGUUUGCUCCGUUUCUGUCUUGCAUAUUAGACACAGAUUCAGAGAAGAAAAGUUCAGUUCGCAAAGAAUGCAUUCGCUUGAUGGGCACACUUGCAACUUUCCAUGAGGGUCUUGUUGGACCUCAUCUUGGAAAGAUGGUAGCUAGCAUUGUCAAGAGACUAAAGGACUCAGAUUCUGUUGUAAGAGAUGCUUGUGUAGAAACAGUUGGCAUCUUGGCUUCCAAAUUGAGUAGCAGUAGGGUAGAAACUGACGGGCUCUUUGUCAUUCUAGUGAGGCCGCUUUUCGAAGCCCUUGGAGAGCAGAACAAGCAUGUGCAGUCUGGUUCAGCAUUGUGUUUGUCGCGGGUCAUUGACAAUAUUCAUGAUCCUCCUGCUUCGGUCAUGCAGAAAAUGUUGGCAAGAACUGUUAAGUUGCUGAAGAAUCCUCAUUUCAUGGCAAAACCUGCAGUCAUUGAGUUGAAUAGGAGUAUCAUUCUGGCUGGUGGUGCCCCGUCGCAUAGUUCUCUAACUGCUGCACUGACAAGCAUUCAGGAAUCGCUGAAGAACAGUGACUGGGUAACGCGAAAAGCUGCCUGUGCUGCAUUAGGAGAUAUUGGUUCUUGUGGUGCAGCAUGCUUAGGCUCAUACCGCAUCUCAUCUAUCCGCUGUCUGGAAUCAUGUCGGUUCGACAAGGUGAAGCCAGUUAGAGACGUAGCUUUGCAGGCAUUGCAGCUCUGGAAAAAUCUUCCUGGCCCUGGUACACCUGAACCAUCUGAAACUGGAUCCUCUGUCAAAGAAACAUCCUACAGAGAUGAUUAUGGUGAUGUUACCUGUGCCAUUGACUCCACAUUGAAGGAUAAUACACCGAUGAAAUUUGAUAAUGAAUUGGCUAAAAAAAGGGCUCCUCUCUCUUCUAGAAAAGCCGGAAGAACUUAUAUUGAGAAAUCUCUGCAAUCUGGAACAAAUGAGUGGCAAAUAGAAAUUGCAAUUCCAAGGAAUCGUAACAUUUCAGUAGCAGAGAAUCAGAAUGAUGAAUCUGAGGGUAGUUCUGUUACCAAGAGAUGUGAAAGAAUAAAUUCUGACGUCAAAAGUAUUAGUAAUAUUGGAUACGAAUAUGUAGAAGUGGAUGAUAAACAGGAAUGCUCAUCUGUUUCUAAUCUUUUUACUGAAAGCAUCAAAUCUGAGGUUGUCAAGAACCAUUGUGAUGCUUUUGACGAUGCCAAUUUGGUGAAGUCAACUGGAACCAGUCAACGGUUUGCAGCUGAUGAAGUUAGCAUUGAAGAGAGAAGAUACUUGGCAAAAGUGCAUGACCGUAGAAGCUUAGAUUCGACUGUUACAGAAUCAACUUCUCAGAUUAUGCCGGUGUGUUGUUCACAAACAGAAAAAGAGAUAGUGUUAAUCAGAAAGCACCUUUUGGAGAUUGAAAAUAAGCAAUCUAAUUUGAUGGAUAUGCUAAAGGCCUUUACAACUUCCAUAACGGAUAGUGUGUCAAUGGUACAGUCGAAGGUCUCAAAUCUUGAAAUAGUGGUUAGUAAGAUGGCACAAGAACUUGUUCAUGGAGGUAGAUAUUCCGAUGUACUGGCAACCAAACUUCUGAAGGGAACUCCUAGUAUUUCUUCCCCUAGACUUUCUACAUGCACUCCAAGGCCAUCUGUGGAUAGCAACAAGCAACCUCCACUAUUGCCAACUAAACAUGCAGGAGUUUGGGAGAACACAGUUUCUAGGAGCAGAUCUAACAGUUUUGGGAAACAAAAUUCAGACAUGUGGACUGAUGCGACACUUAAGCCAACCAAAAGUUCUUUAGGGAGAGGAACCUCGGCAAGCUUUUAUCGAGAAAUUCAUGAAGAUUUAAUGAGGCAAAAUGGCGUACGUGAUCCAGGUCUUCCUACUAAGGCAAGGGUAAAUAAACUGGACACUAAGAGUAGACCACUGAAAGUUAUGAAUGAUUAUUUUUGCGAUGGGGAUCUGGAUUCAGAAUAUGCUGAAGCUCUGUGUUCAAGGAAUGAACUUCAUUUGUUUGAGCUUCUGGAAAGAACAGGCCCUGUUCUGGAAAAUUUAUCACAAAAGACUGCAAGCGACCUACUAAGCACUUUGGCUUCCUACUUAUUGGAGCAGAGAUUUGUGAAUUCUGUAGUUCCUUGGUUACAGCAGCUUGUGGAUCUCAUUAACAUCCAUGGACCAACUUAUGUGGUGCUCUCCACAAAAGCAAAGCGAGACCUUUUGUAUGCAAUACAGGGAGCUGCCAAAUUUGAUGUUUUUGGUCCCGCAGAAAGGAAAUUCUUUAUCGAAAUUAGCAAAGCAUUGCACCAAUUCUGGGGAAAUGGGUCUUGCUAGCUUGCUUAUAAAGCAUGCCAUAGAUGUGAUGCUGUUGAUCUACUUACAAGGAAAGUUUGAUGAGUUAUGGCUAUAGACGACGGCCAAAAAAAUGAAAAAUGUCAGGUUUGAUGCCUAGAAUUGUCUCAUGAUGCUAAAAUGGAAUCACCUCCAUUUUGUUAAAAAAGUGAACCAGUAGUACUGUAUCAGUUUAAUAGAGCUCCACCAUGAUUUU